UUUGGACUUUGAACCGGUCCGAUUUUAUUUAUCCCUUGAAAUCGCCGCAGGUUUACUUCACGCGGAACCUUGGAGGUCUGUUUCUCCGAUCGCCCAAUCGGCGGUGAUAAAAAAUCUAACCUUUAUCAACCCGACGGGAUCUUUUCAUGGAGCAUCAACCUGGAGCUUCGAAUCACACCGGCGUAGAAAACGAUCAAGACCCGCGGAACCAGCGUCUCUACAACCCUUAUCAUGACCUCCAAAUCCCAAUCCAGACAUUAUACAAGCUUCCCACAGCCCCGGAAUUCCUUUUCCAAGAGGAAUCCCGCGUGCAGCGUCGAUCCUGGGGUGAAAACCUCACCUACUACACCGGCAUCGGAUAUCUCGCCGGCGCCUCAUUCGGCGGUGUUAGUGGAUUUUAUCAGGGCGCCAAAGCUUCCGAGCCAGGAGAGAGCUUGAAGCUCCGGGUCAAUAGGGUUCUGAACGGGUCGGGUCACACCGGAAGCAAAUUUGGUAACCGGGCAGGUGUGAUAGGGCUGCUUUAUGCUGGGAUGGAGAGUGGCAUGGUGGCGGUUAGAGACACGGACGAUGUCAUCAACAGUGUGGUAGCGGGGCUAGGGACUGGCGCGUUCUACAGAGCGGCUGCCGGGUUGAAGUCGGCAGCUGUGGCCGGAGUUAUAGGCGGAGCUGUGGUCGGAUUGGGAGUGUCUGCGAAGCAGGCUGUGAAAAGAUACGUGCCCAUAUGAGUUUGUUUUCCUAUAUUUGCUACUUGGAUAUGCAAUAUUCAUAUUCCUUAUUGUGUCUUUCUACUAUAGUAUUUGAUGAUAUGCUUGAGAAUUUGGCUCUCUCAUAUUUGAUCGAUUGUUAUCAUUCUUGAAGCUGGGGCACUAAAGGUGCUAACUUUGCUUACAUUUUUGUCCAAUACAUGUUCUAAAUUAGAUGUACUGAGCAUUGUGAUCUUGAAUAAAUUUGAAAACAACAGGCGCCAAGUAUUGCC